UUUCUCCUCCGACGUUCCAUUGAGAAUAAUAUCGGUACUUCCUGGACUGGAGCAUGACCGUGCAGUGUAGUCAGGACUUCCCAGCAGCAGACGCAAACAUGAAUGGCAGUGGGGGUAUUGACCAGAUAGACACUACAUAGGUGAGGGGAUAGACUUCAGACAACAUUGUGGACAUGGGGACAGAGAGUGAGAGUAUGCUGCAGCUUGCUGCGGAGGCUUUCCAGUCUAAAAACUUCGACCUGGCAGCGGAUAUCUACGAGUGCCAGCUAGCGGGACUCGGAGAACCAGGGAGCCGGCAGGAGCUGAUGGUAAAGCGGGCUGACGCGCUCGCCUUCGGGGGCCAAUUCACCGAAGCUUUCGAUGUGUACCGACAAGCCUCUGAGAUAGAGAGACUGGGACCUGUUCACCUGGACAACCUCGUAGAGUACCUGUCGGGUAUUAUCAGGAGGCAAGACGGGGGUGACAGUCAAAACAGGAACCCGAGGAGACCGGAGGCAGCUGGAUGCCCGGUUGGUGCUACAGGUUUCGGGUACGAAGACUUCUCCUGCCGGAUAUGUCUGAGCUUUCUGUUCGAGCCUGUGACUCUGCCGUGCGGACACUGCUUCUGUAAAAAGUGUCUGGAGAGGGAGAGGAAGGAGAGGGAGCGGCCGGUGAUGUGUAAGGAGUGCAGGGACAGCUCCAGAGUAGCCGACGUCCAGAGUUACAGGGUCAAUGUGGUUCUCAGCAACCUGCUGGCCAAGUGGUUCCCGUCCCCGCACCAGGCCGGCCGGCUGAGGCGGGAGGGCAACGGACUGUACGCCGAGAGGAAGAUGGAAGCAGCGCUGGAGAAAUAUAACCAAGCCAUAUCGAUAGCACCCACGGACCACAUACUGUUCAGCAAUCGCUCCCAGAUCCACUCCAGUCUGAAACACUAUGAAAAGGCUCUGAGAGAUGCUGAGAUGGCCUGCAGACUCAUGCCUCACUGGUCCAAGGGUCAUGUUCGUAAAGCCCAGGCCCUGGUGUCGUUGGGCAGGACGGAGGAAGCUCUGAGAGAGUACCUGGUCUGUCUGUCAUUAGAGCCUGACUGUAGACUGGCCAAGACUGAGGCUCACAAGCUCCUCAGUGAUCUCCUGGCUCCAGUUACAGAUCAGGUCCCUGAACACAUCUCAGACUACUCCAAUAUACUGUCUUUGAGAGUACACAUCAAGAACCACACCCUUAGUCCCAGCUUGCUGUCAUCAGAGUCCAGUCUUGCCUCCACUCCGCCUGCACCUGAGUGGUCAGAGGGCAGUGAGGUCAAAGGUCAGGGAAAGCCUGAGGUCAGGAGGCUGGACCACUGUUGCCUCCUCAAACGGAAACGGAGGAGCACAGUGGAGGAGGGAGGACAGGAGAGGAGCGACGAUCACAAGAGAGCCAAGCCCGAGCUAGCAGAGCAGACUGAUUCAUUGAGUUCUGUGGUUGGUGACGUCAUGGACCCGACAGAUCUGGAGUGUUCUCUUUGUAUGAGACUUUUCUAUGAGCCAGUGACGACGCCAUGCGGUCACACUUUCUGUCUUCAGUGUCUGAAGAGAUGUCUGGACCACAACCCAAAGUGUCCACUCUGUAAAGAAGAGCUGUCUGAGUACCUAGUCCAGAGGCAGUACUGUAAGACAGUAUUAAUGGAGAACCUGAUAUCUAAGUAUCUUCCCUCUGAGCUCAUUGAAAGACAGAAAAUCCAUCAGGAUGAGAUGGCUGAGCUCUCCAAUCUUAACGAGAAUGUGCCUAUAUUUGUGUGCACCAUGGCCUUCCCCACUGUGCCGUGUCCUCUCCAUAUCUUCGAGCCCUGCUACAGGCUGAUGAUUCGCCGAUGCAUGGAGACGGGAACCAACUGCUUUGGCAUGUGUCUGGGAGACAACCUCAAAGGGUUUGCAGACUACGGGUGCCUGUUGGAGAUCCGCGAUGUGAAGUUCUUCUCCGACGGCCGUUCAGUUGUGGACACCAUCGGCAAACGGAGGUUUAAAGUCAUUCAGCACAGGGAGAGGGAUGGAUACAACACAGCUGAUAUAGAGUACCUGGAGGAUGUUAAGGUUGAGGGUGUGGCACAGCUUGAGCUGCAGUCUCUGCACGAUACGGUGUAUGACCAGGCCCUGGUGUGGGUCAACUCCCUGAAGGUCGAGCAGAAGGAACGCAUUGAAGGACACUUUGGACCCAUGCCUGGGAAAGACUCUGUACUUCAGGCCAGUCCUAACGGUCCCUCAUGGUGUUGGUGGUUACUAGCCGUUCUUCCGUUAGAAGGCCGAGCCCAGCUGCCAUUCCUGGCCCUCACCUCUCUGAAAGAUCGUCUCAGCGGCAUUCGCAAGGUGCUACUCUUCAUGGCCCACAGCAGGCACCGGUGACAUGCUCUUGACACCUGGUAUAUGCAGUAACCCUCCUCCAAAGCAGCAGUUGACCUGUUGUUCUUCCUUUUGAUGCACAAAGAAGUGAUGCUGAUGUUGCACUUUCCCUGUUGUAGCAUCGUCCCAUUCAGAAAGCAUCGCCGGACUCCAUCUACACAUCAACAGCAAACUUUAAAUAAAAAAGCAGCAACAACGAUGAUAUAGUUCUGAAUGAAUAGCUAUCUUCCAUGCGUAAUAUUCUCUUCACACCAUACAGAAAACUAAGCUAUGUUCAGACAGGAGGGAAGUGUGAUUUCUUAGGAUGACUGUUAUUUCAAUUUUCAAGUGACAACAUGGCAUGUCACUGUACAAUGCUAAUGCACACAUGCUGUUCUUGUCUAACAUCUCCAUGUGUACAGCAACAAGCUGUUGUGCUGAUAUGUCUUCAUUUGUCCAGGUUCCACUGUUGCCUUUCUGGCCCUUCUCCAUUUUUGUAGUUCUCUGCUCUUCCUCUUGCAUACAUGUUGCGUGUGGAAUGCUUUGCAGUCUGAUAUGAGUAAUUUCUCCAAAAGAGUGAGCUGCCUGUCUGAACAUAGCUUUAAAGCAAAGACAAAGCAAAUUCCCCAGUUCAGAAUCAUACAAAUCCAUCUACUGGAAGUGGCAACUGCCGUUAAUUCAACCAAUCAGUGUCCUCAUACUGUAUGUCUUUAAAUGUGCAUAUAAAUUCUGCAAGAGACCAAACAAUGACUUUUUGUGUAAAUGCACUCACUACAGCUGAGUGAAUAAUGAUAAAAAUACUAUUUAGAUAUGAUUAAUUGCAGUGAUUGAAACUUCUGGGAAAUUUACUCAUCUGCGGAUUGAAAUAUCUGUAAAUGAUAUGCCCAUUACUAAGUGUAGACAUUUACAGAUAAACCAAUGUAUUUUUUCUAUGGCCACCUUUACAUAACUUUAACAAUAAUUAUUUUGUGACAGCUAUUCUGUCUUCCUUCCUUGCUCGCUUCCUUUCAUUUCUGUCUGUGUCUGACCCUACAUCCUGCAGCUGAAUAACAACAGACUGAACAUUAACAUUGACCUGCUUUAAGGCUCCUGUUCUUGUGUUUUAUUCAUCCAUAUUUUGUUUCUAUUUGUUGGAUUUUUUUUUUUCAUUAUUUAUUUUGUCAUUAUUUAUGCAUGCAGUGACAUUGUUUACAUUUCACAGAAAGAGAUGCUGAGCUGCUCACUUUCCAAAGGCUUUUUUUAAACUUAACAUUUGACCCCAAACAUCAGCGAUAAUACCCUGGUAACUGCAGGGUAUUAUUACUGUAAAAAACACAACCAAGAGGGGGGUAACGACUUUGAGUCAACAUGGCUGCCACUGAAAACUGCGCAGGACAAACUCUGACAACUCCAGUUAAGGGCAGAUUCUCUCCCACACCACCUAUUUUUAGAUCACUGGUGACCCAAAUUUAUUUAAUAUUUUUAUUGGCUGGUUACAAUCCAAGUUAUAUGUUGACUUAAACGUAUUUGGAUUCUCUCGCUGUCAGCAGCCUCUCGAUAGCUGAGAUACUUGUAACUCUUACAGGCAUAAAGAGAGCCUGUCAGUAAUGCAGAAAGCAGUGGAAUCAUUCUAAACAACAUCUGGAUUUGUGAUGCAAUUAUGUCCUAAGUGUAUUUAUUCAGUAUUUAUUCUGACUUAUUUUGCACUUCCACUUUAAGUAAGGGAAAGAAGCCUCAGGAUAUGUAUGUCCACUAUUAAUACUUUUGAUUACCACAGAAUAAAGUUAAAUCUUCUGGUGGUUAAAUGGUGGCAAAGGGUCCCUAAGUGUAAGCCUAUUUGCAUCUCCUAGCAGGCCAACACAACUACAAAAGAUCUCCAUUCAUAUGAGUUUGACUGAUGUAUGCUAUGAGUAAAGGCCAGUGCCUUCUAACCACAGAAUAACAUGGUGUGGAACAUCUUUACAUGUUGAGUAGUACACACCAGGUUCAUUUUAAGGUUUUCAUUUUUCAUCAUUCAUCAUUUUUCCCCUUUAUGGAAAUUUGUCCAUUCAAAACGUGAUUUUCACAGAAAGGAAAUAAGUAUAAAUGGCAAUAAAACAAAAGAAACCCGUUUUGAGAAUACCAACAAAAGUAUUGUAGCGAAAUAUGUUGAUUGAAAAAUAUUGAGGCCUUGCUGAUGUCUGUGACAUGACUGUUUUUACAUGGCAAAAGCUAAUCUCUGGAAAACGCAAGAGAUUGUUGAAUCUUUUAUUUUAUAUACAUGUGUUUGAUUUUACAUGUUUCUAUGUCAAUCGGGUUCUUUGUAUUUUAUAAUUUUCUUCGCUCACUGGUGUAUUUGUCUUUCUUUAUUUAAUGUGUAAUAGUACAGGGAGUGUCCUGUCAAAUCAUCCACAUUUAUUAUUUUGUACUGAAAGGGCCAAAGCCAUGUGAUGCUGUAAAAUGGAGAAACUGAUAAAGUGUAAAACCACAACCUUUUGAUAUUUUCCCCAUAAUAAUAUUGUAUUGAUGCAUUAUUUGAGUUUUCACCGCAGUUGUUAAAUUCUGUUGGAAGACGCUUUUCUUAAGAGGCAUUUGUACUAACGAAUUACUACUGGUAACUGUAGGGUAUUGAAAAAACAAAAUUUGUUUCAACUCUCUCUCCACCAUGCAUAAAGUAAUUGCCCCAGUAAUGUUUGCUAAUAUCGUAACUGGUAACCACUAAGAAGCUAUGAUGAGUUAGCUCAAACUGGGCAGGAAAGGGAAACGCCAUUAGUCAGUAUAUAAUCACACCUCCAGUGUAAAAGCAUAUCACAUAGAUAUUUCAGGUUCAGAGACAACUGUAUUUCCUGAUAGACGUGAAGAGGUUGAGGUAAAGGGAAAAUCCAUUUAAAAUUAAAUCACAUAUGCUAUUCCUAUUACUUUUUUACGAUUUCUGAUCAUGAGCAAAAGUUCCAAACAAAACAGUAAAAACUCCCUUGAUGAACGAGUUCAUCAUUGACAGCAAGGCCUCUUGAUGUUUUGUCUGUAGAUACGUCACAUUUUUUCAUUUCUAAUUUGGGUUUUUGAGAUCAGAUAAGUUGAAACAUGACACCAAAAUGGACUUUGGCUUAAAACGGAUAUCUGUGAUUUAUUGUUCAUCUGUGACAGCAGUUCUAGUGCCUUAAGUUGGACUUUUUCAUUUUGAUGUAUAAACUGCAAUGGCAACUAUGGUAUGUUUUGUGCGACAACUUGGGGUUCCUUAAAUAACAUCUUAAGAUAAUCACAUGUUUUGUCCCAUUUCUUUGACACGGAUCCCACCCUGACCACUGAAGGGAUGUUAUCCAAAACAUUUUUAGUAUCAAAUACUCACCCCCGACAGCAGCAGUCGUCAGUUUGAAUUCAUCUCAUCCGCUGUAACUGACAGUAUUUGAUUUUCUUCCCACGGUACAAUUAGAAUACAUUGUACUUGUUCUCUGUUAACCAUGAAACUGAAAACUUUUAACAGCUAUGCUAAGCUAAGCUAACCAUCUGCGGGCUGUAGAUUUCCCAAAACGUUGAACUAUGCUUUAAUUAGACUUUAAUUGGAUGUGUAAGAUUUCUUGGAACCAGAUUAUAUUACGGAUGGUUAACUUUAAUUGGAGUCAUGUUUAUAACAAUGCUAGUCACUUAUCUCAGCACAAACAACUCCACCAUAGUCCAGGUUCUGUGGGAUUUCAUUGACUUUUUCCCACAAUGGCAAACAACCCACUUCCUCCCCUGCAUUCCGGGUUGACUCAUAUUAAUAAGAGUAAUUACCGCGACUCCAAUUGCUACUAUUUUUGUGCUUUUUAAAUAUGGAAAUGGGAGAAUAUUCUCAUCACUGAUGAGAUUCCAUAUGUUUGGAUUAUCAAAGAGAUGAUUUCAGAAGAGAAGGUGUUAAUUAGGAAACAGCACAGGCUGUAAGCCAUGACCCAGUUGGAACGUGAACACAGUGGCAUUUGUCUUGGUAUUGAAUCCUUAAAGUUCAGGGUGGGUUUAAGCUGCUGUUGCAGCUUGAUGGACUGACUGGCACUGACACCAACCUUUCAUCUGUGCUUUUUACUGAUGGGUUAACAGAGCAUCCCAGAGUUGCCCACAAACACACUUCCUGUCAACUGUAGGUUUGUGCUCGGAAAUGACUUGUGAUUGCAAGGCCUCCAGUUUGUUCAGUGGCAAACAAUGCAGAUGUAGAAGAAGUUGGAUCUUUUUGAUCUUUUGUUAUCCAGCUAUGCAAAAACAGUAGGAUGGUGGAUUACUGCCCAUCGAUAUCUUGACCUUUCAGAAUUCAAUCAUUGACCUUUUGAAGAAGUGUAACUACCUCUGCCAUCCUCCUAGAGCACUUCCACAAAGAGAGAGGGAAAAAAUAUGCUUCUUCCUGUUGUUGUUUUCCCGUCAUUGUUGUUUAAUCGGUGUUGAAAGUGUAAUUUGAGAGUCUAAACAAAUAAUGUAUAUCAUCAGUGCCCCCAAAAUUUACUUAUUUUCAAAUUUGUGCCCAUGUUGCACUGUCUUCAUCAACACUUCACACACAUUAGGUCACUCCUCAACUAAAACUGCAAAGCUGUAAAGUCAAAGGUUUCUAUGUAUUUGAUACUGCUUCCAAAUAUUUGAACUAUUUGAAGGAGCACUUCAUUUAUCUUACCUGGCAAAUUGAACAGCUUCUUGGAAACAAAGUGUACGAGCUCUUCUGUUUAAGUGAGUUCACUAAAACUGAUAUAACAUUCUCGCUUUGCUAACUAUUUGCCAUCUAAAAAUCUUCGCGUCUUAAAAAACUUUGCCAAGCGCUCCUCAUAUUUUCAAAUAUUUGCAUUGACUUCAGUUUCUACAUCGCCUGCUUCUUUCGAAGGUUGUUAAUCUCCUGUAGAACUCCGCGCCUAUAAAUGUGUCCGGGGGAAUUCGCACAAGAUGAAUGUAUGUGUGUCUUGACAUCUCUCUGAUGUUUUCCAUACAUGUCUGUUUUUGAUAGUAAAACUUUAGUAUGCAUUACAUUUGCAAAAGUACAGUCUGAAGCUACAACUUGUGAAUAAACCCAAAGGGUUGUGUUCUUGAUCCUGCAUGGGAUUCUGAACACACUGGACUGGA